AUGAAUCCCUUGUGCUUGUUGGCAGUGGUGGUGCCGUUCGUCAUCGCCGACUUGAUCACGCCCCAGUUGAACAAGCCCAUCACCGGCGAAUUCACGUUCACCGGAGCCACCGGCCGAGGCGCCUGUGGUCUGGACAUUGCCAAUUUGUCGGCCGGAGUGUCGUCCAAACUCUUCGACCCCAGCUCCCAAUGGGUGCCGUCGGAUCUGCCGGACGGAAGAUACGUUCUGGAUGACCCUGUGUGCAAGGGAAUCUGCGUCCAGAUCGAGUACAAGGGCGUCACGUAAGUUGGGGAAGUGGGGGGUUUGGAGGAUAAGAAUGCGUUUUUAAUAGAAGAUAGUUGCUAAGAAUGAGCAGGCCUGUGAAAGAAAAACUGCUUUAGAACAAAUUGAAAUCGCCUUUUGACCCAAAACUAUGCUUCUGCUGUCUAUAGACGCUUCUUGCGCCGGCCAGGCACACUUUACAACUGAAAAACGACUCUUUUUAAAGUACGGGGCCUGAUCCAGUGGCAAUAAAAGGUACUAUUUUGCAUCCUGGAAGUGUCAAAAAUGUGGCAAAAUGCUUCCCUUUGUAGCGGGUGAUGUUGACCCGUUGGUUCUAGUAGCGCAAUAUUAAUUAGCUCAAUAUAUGCCGACAUCAUAUUCCAUUUUAAGUUUAUUGAGGAGACUCCAAGGGUGCGCGUCCGCACCCAAGGCCUAGAACAAACCCCGACUAAAGAUCUAGGGCGAGAUUCUCUUUCUCUCCCGACGGCGGGAGAGAUGAUUGAUAUCUGCCCGCAACAUCCUCCCAACCAAAAAGACACGACGCCCUCGUCGUCUUACUUAACAUUUUUUCACCCUAAAGACAUACAAUCUGAGGGGCAAAAUUUUACAUCUGUUAGUUUAAACACAAUCUCAGAAAUACCUAGAGAAACAUGUUAUUAUAUUAUGGUUCCUUAACGGAGGGAUACUUGAUCUUAAAAGACUUUCAAUCAGAAUGGAAUUGAGUCGGGUUAAAACAAAAUAUAAUAAGAAUCUCACUGUCUGAUUAACUUCAUAUUCGUCUCCUAUACUUGGCCAUCGGUCUUGUUCUUGAUUUGGUCACUUGCGCUUGCUCUUGGCGCAUCUUCGGCACUCUCCAUUGCAGUGCUGGUCUCUCCCAACCAAAAAGAGACAUCGCGUCCUCGUGAUGUAGACAUCGUUUUUCAUAUAUUCACCAUCAUUUUAAAAUUUACCGGGGGAGUCGUUGCCUCUUCCUUGGGUCGCUCCAUUUCAUCAUUUGUCUCCGGUUUUCGUUGAACGUAGGGUAAUAUUUGAGGUACGCAGAAAUUCACAUCAAUUUCUAAUAGUAGUGACCAUACAGAACAAGAAUAGAUAGAAAAUACAGGAACGAAUAUCGACAAAUACCGAGCUAAAAGGCUACUCUCACUAGGGACCUCCAUUUGUAGCGGGUGAUGUUGACCCGUUGGUUCUAGUAGCGCAAUAUUAAUUAGCUCAAUAUAUGCCGAUAUCAUAUUCCAUUUUAAGUUUAUUGAGGAGACUCCAAGGGUGCGCGUCCGCACCCAAGGCCUAGAACAAACCCCGACUAAAGAUCUAGGGCGAGAUUCUCUUUCUCUCCCGACGGCGGGAGAGAUGAUUUAUAUCUGCCCGCAACACCUUUUCAAGUGAAAAAAAUUUUGUUUUCAAGGCAUUUUGCCACAUUUUUGAUACUUACCGGUGGCAAAAAACGUACCAUUUUGCAUCCGGGAAGUGUCAAAAAAUGUGGCAAAAUGCUUCCCUUUUCAAGUGAAAAAAAACUCAAAUUUCAAAAGCGAUUUCUUUUUGUGAGGAAAAGAGCCCUUCAAAACGAAGUUUUUUUUUAGUUGGAGAGGGAAGCAUUUUGCCACAUUUUUGAUACUUCCCGGAUGCAAAAUGGUACUUUUUUGCCACUGGAUCAGGACCCUAUUGUAUCUCUGCGCCAGGAUCGCAUAUGUUAAAAAAAUUUAACCUGAGUCUGUGCCAAGUUUAUGUGGCAAAAUGCUUCCCUCUCCAAGUGAAAAAACUUCGUUUUGACGCGCCACAAAAAAAGAGCGGGCGCGCUUUUGAAAUCUGAGUUUUUUUCACUUGAAGAAGGAAGCCUUUUGCCACAUUUUUGAUACUUCCCGGAUGCAAAAUUGUACAUCUUUCGCCAUUAGAUUUUUUCCUAACCUAUGUACAGUAGUUGACAGCGAAUUGUCAAUUUUUUUAUUUCGUGUGUAACUUCACUCAGACUCAACAGAAUUUGAUGAGACCAAGAGCGUUUAAGAGGCUGGGAGACACGCUUCAACCUUAUGAAAUUGUUUUAUUUCAUAUCGGCCACAGGCGUGGUAAAAAUUUCAAAACAAAUUUUUUUGGGGGACAACGAAUUGUCAAUUUUUACAUUUUGAGGCAUAAGAUCUCAAUAAACCAGCAUAUAAAGACUAGAAUGGAGAGUAAUCAGUUGCCAGCAAUCAUAGAACAGCAUACAACGGGUUUCAGCCAUUAGUAUAAUCUCCUUCGCUUUCUAUAGGUCGGGCACUUGGGGGUGGACCAUGUACAAUAUAAUGUCAGCCUGGGGGCUUCCUAGGCCGAAAUUAUCUUAUAUUCCGGUUUUUUAUGGGCGGUUACAUCUUACUACGCUAGGGCAAGUCAAAAAAUUACACCUAACGGGUUACACUUGCGCCUUGUUACCUCGAAUAUGUUAAUCAUGGCCUUUCAUACUGUUGGUCAGAGUAUCAAAAUCAAAAAAUGUCGCGCAUGAAGAUCGUUAGAGAAACCUUCUAUAUUUGAAAACAAACUACACUAAAAGUCAAAUAUUCAGUGCCUUUCACAUGUCAGUACCAGCACUCAUGCAAGAGGUAUGCAGAGGGAAAUAUUUGGAUUUACAUGAAUUUUCACGUCGGGUUUGCAACACCCAGAAAAAUUCUUAUUUCUUCAAGCCUGCAACUUCCAAGACAUUUUAUUAGCAUAUUAGAGAUUUUUACAAGCAUUAAAAAUAUUAGUUUUAACGUUUAAAAACGCAGAAGACGCGCAAUAAAAUGAUUAAUAUACUCACCACCCUAGUGUGGCCCAAGAAUUAAUUGGACCGUCAGAAUCUCACCCGGAAAUUUCAGGGCGUCGAGACAGGUAAUGAAAUAAUUUGUAGAAUAUCGUUAGUUUGGCCGUAAAGGAGGAUUAAAUGAACCUAUGCCCCUUGUCGGCAAAAAAAUUAUCGAUUUUUGGGCGAAACACAGAGUAUAAAUGACCAAAAAUAAUAUUAUCUGACGAAUUUUUGACCCGUAGCUCCUCCAAGUUGUAAUGCGGUGCAAGUGUGUUAAAUAUAUGCAAUAAUCUUCCAUAAAAAACCGGAAUAUAAGAUAAUUUCGGCCUAGGAAGCCCCCAGGCUGACAUUAUAUUGUACAUGGUCCACCCCCAAGUGCCCGACCUAUAGAAAGCGAAGGAGAUUAUACUAAUGGCUGAAACCCGUUGUAUGCUGUUCUAUGAUUGCUGGCAACUGAUUACUCUCCAUUCUAGUCUUUAUAUGCUGGUUUAUUGAGAUCUUAUGCCUCAAAAUGUAAAAAUUGACAAUUCGUUGUCCCCCAAAAAAAUUUGUUUUGAAAUUUUUACCACGCCUGCGGCCGAUAUGAAAUAAAACAAUUUCAUAAGGUUGAAGCGUGUCUCCCAGCCUCUUAAACGCUCUUGGUCUCAUCAAAUUCUGUUGAGUCUGAGUGAAGUUACACACGAAAUAAAAAAAUUGACAAUUCGCUGUCAACUACUGUAUAUGUAUAUAAAUAUGUAUAUAUUUCAGCGGCACCUUCCCGGUGGACAACGAAUGCGCCGCCUGCGACGUCGACCACGUCAACCUGUCCGAGGAGGCGUUCCUGAUCCUGGAGCCUGCCGGAGGAAACAACGGAGACGCCAAGCCAGCCACCAUCACGUAUCUGAAGUGCAGCGACACCACUCCCACCACAAACUGCUGA